AUUAAUCCACAUGGACUGAGAACUGAAAAGAAGCAUGGAUGGACUGAUGAGGCUGAAGGCUGGCUGCUCCAGCUUCUCCUUGUUUGUACGCUAAAAUUUACACUUCCCAAAGGCAAACACACCACUCCCACUCUCCUCUCUUCUACUUCUUCUAUAAUUCAACUACCCAUCUCCAUUUUCCAGCCACUAGCUUGUCGAUCUCUCGGCGACAUGGAUGAACUCUAUGGCAUCCAUUCUACUGCCACCGACUUCACGGUGCACCCUUCACUGGAUAACUAUUUGGUGAACAAUUACGGCCAGUCCUUCCCGUCUCCGGUCCCCAGUUUUGGCGACCGGAUACCGGUGUUUAGACCGGACCGGUUGUUGUCCGGUUCAGUGUCGUCGGUGGUAUCCGACGCCGCUUCCAUGGUGGCUGAGAUUCAAAGAGGAGGCUCGGAAGAGGAGGUUUCCGGUGCAACCAGAGCCAAAAUCGCUUCCCAUCCUCUCUACCCUAAGCUUCUCCAAGCUUACAUCGAUUGCCAAAAGGUCGGAGCACCACCGGAGAUAGCUGACGUGUUGGACGAAAUUCGAAGAGAAAGUGAUAUUUGUAAGAGGACAUCCGCUGCUUCCACUCGCUUGGGUGCCGAUCUAGAGCUCGAUCAGUUCAUGCAGGAAACUUACUGCGAUAUAUUGUGCAAGUAUAAAUCGGAUCUCGAAAGGCCUUUCGACGAAGCGACUUCGUUUUUGAACGACAUUGAAGUGCAACUCAACACUCUCUGCAAUGGUGCUUCCAGAAUCUGCGUUUAUGAUGAAGUAGAUGGGUCAUCUGAUGAAGAUGUCAGCGGAGGAGAGAUGGAGGAGUGCCAGCGGACGGAUGAGGAUCGUGAACUAAAGGACAAACUCUUGCGUAAAUACAGCGGUUAUAUCAGUAGCCUGAAGCAUGAAUUUUCAAAAAAGAAAAAGAAGGGAAAGCUACCUAAAGAAGCAAGGCAAAUCCUGCUCGACUGGUGGAAUAUUCAUUACAAAUGGCCAUACCCAACCGAAGUGGACAAAGUUGCACUGGCUGAAUUAACAGGCUUAGAUCAGAAACAAAUAAAUAACUGGUUUAUAAAUCAAAGGAAGCGUCACUGGAAACCGUCGGAGAACAUGCAAUUUGCAGUUAUGGAUAGUCUCUAUGGACCGAUUUUCAGGAAUGACUGAGGUGGGAUCCUGUGAUUUUGUGUUUGUAUAUUCUUGGAGAUGACCCUUUGCUAAUGCCUAAUGAAUUGCCUAGCCACUUAGUUUUAUUACAGUCUUACGUUUUGGUCACUCAUGUUGGUUUUGGAUGCUAGCAUCUGCUAUUGCUAGCUGUGAGACAAUGGAGAUCUCGAUUGUUCUCCAAUUAUUAGAAUGGGACUUGCAUGUCACACCAUCCCCCAUUGCAGAUA